CUACGGGGCUUCUCGGAAGCAUCAGCCCAGAUCCCAGGAAUAGCUCAGGUCUACAGGCGAGGCAUAAAUAAAGUUGGAGCAGUUUCAAAAAGGCAGCAAGUGCUCAAAGCUCUGCAAGUGGACCUAUGAGUGAAGAUUUCAGAGCUACAAGCGAGAAGGUGAGAUGUUCCCUUUGCCGAUGUUCACUCCAGACCAGGUUGCUCGGGUGUGCGAGAACUUGGAGGAGACCGGGGAUAUAGAGCGUCUCGGUCGGUUCCUUUGGUCGCUGCCUGCUGCCGUCCCUGGCUCUGCCGGGGAGGCCCUCAAUCGGCACGAGUCCGUGAUGAGAGCGAGGGCGCUCGUGGCCUUCCACAGGGGGAACUUUGAUGCUCUGUAUCAGAUUCUCCAGAGCCACAGGUUCACGCGGGAGUCGCACGCCAAGCUCCAAGACCUCUGGCUGGACGCACACUACAGAGAGGCUGAAAGGCUCAGGGGGAGGCCACUGGGGCCUGUGGAGAAAUACAGGAUCCGCAAGAAGUUCCCACUGCCCCGCACCAUUUGGGAUGGCGAGCAGAAGACACACUGCUUCAAGGAAAGAACUCGCAGCUUGUUAAGAGAAUGGUACCUCCAAGAUCCCUACCCCAACCCAUCCAGGAAACGCCACUUAGCCCAAGCCACAGGACUCACACCAACGCAAGUGGGGAACUGGUUCAAGAACCGCCGCCAAAGAGACCGUGCUGCAUCAGCCAAGAACAGGCUGCAGCAGGAUCCUUCCCUCCUGCCCUCUGAAGGCUCACCCCAGAGCUCCCUUCAGGAGCGCCACCAUCACCCCCGCCUGCUGCCCAACUCCCCUCAACACCCGGGCAGCCCAGAGAGCGACUGCAGCACGGAGGCCGAGCGCAGGGGAACGGGAGCGUCCACCCCAGAGAUCUCCGUCAGUAGUGACAGCGAGUUCGAGUCAUGAGAUACUUUGUAUCCAUCAGCAGACGUUUGUCCCCUCAGACGUGAAACUUCUAUAAAACCCAUACGAACUUUCUCUGGACACUUUACAGCCGUUCAGACUGAAGGAGGCAAGAGCAAGGCCACGUACUGUGGCUCUGAGUGGACGAAGGAAAGGAAAGAAAGGCACUUAAACACCACAGGACAUAAGCUUGGCUGUUAUGCAUUGGCUUUGGGCUGACCACUCAAAACCCACAGGUCUAAAACACAAUGUUUUUAACUCUCACGCAAAGUUUUUAAAGACAUGAUUUCAAUAACCUUUAGCUCAUUUAUAUUUAGUUUUUUAAUUGGUUUAACAUUUUUUAGAUGUAGAUC